CGGCUGAUCACCAGGGGGCUCCACAACUGCGUGGGUUUCCCGCUGUUCCCUCCACUAACCUCAUCCACACCAGCUGGACUCAUUAAACCGGACCCGAACCGCCUUAAGUCGGGUCUAAUUGUGGGGGAGAAGCUUCGGAACCAAUCAGCAGACCCACGGGUGGGACUCGGACACGCUCGCUUACUCAGCGCUAUCUCUGCCCUCGUGCCCUGUUUUCGUGGCCCCACUUUGAAAAAAAUAAUAAUACGUGCACGUGCGCGCGUGGCCGUGAGGAAGGUGGGACAUCGCCGGGACCUUUUUCUGUUUUCCUGAUUGUAUUGGACCGGAAAAGUGCCGGCAGCAGCGGGGGGUUCGGUACUCCGGCGUGUCUCCACUGAAAACCUGAGUUUCUGCGCUGCUGAGGAGACAUCACGCUGCUCUUCUUCUACUUCUUCUUCUUCUCCUUCUGGCUGCUGAGGAAACAUGAAGCUGCAGGAAGAGAAGCUCUGAGGAUCCGAACAGAUUGACUGUCAGGCGACCAAACUCCUCUUCGUCAUGCUGCUGCCUCGGUUCUGCCUCCUGCUCCUCCUCUUUCUUCCCCUCAGCCAAUCAGACGACUGCGUCUUCGGUUCUGGCAACGUGACCGAUGGCCGCCAGACGGUCACCAUCGCAGCUAUCUUGCCAAAGACCAACACAGAGUAUCCCUGGUCGUGGCUCCGGGUGGCGCCGGCCCUCUACCAGGCCAUCUCGCGGGUGAACUGUGACCCCUGGCUGCUCCCGGGCCUGAAGCUGCGUCUGGUCAACGGGAACUCGGAGAACACCGACGGCUACUGCUCCGACUCAAUGGCGCCUCUGGUGGCCGUUGACCUGAAAUUAGCCCACGAUCCUUGGGCUUUCAUUGGGCCUGGAUGUGAAUUCUCUUCCUCGCCGGUCGCUCGCUUCACCACCCACUGGGAUGUUCCCAUGGUGACCGCCGGCGCUCGAGCCACAGGCUUCAAACUUUACGCGGCGGUCACCAACACGGGCCCGACUCACGCAAAGCUGGGCGAGUUCAGCUUGAAGAUCCAGCAGGCGUUUGAUUGGCUGCGGCACGUCAUGCUGGUCUACACCGACAACAACAAGGACAGCAACAAUGACAGGCCGUACUACUUCACCGUGGAGGGCGUGUACGAAAUGCUGAGGGUCCAGAACAUCACCGCCUACGACUACUCGCUGGAGACCGACAUCAACUACAAGCUGGCGGUGCAAAAGAUCAGAGACAACGGCAGAGUGGUGUACGUCUGCUGUCCGCGGGACAUCUUCAGGAACCUGAUGGUCCAGUUCUGGAAGGACGGGGUGGACAUGGAGGACUUUGUCUUCCUCUUCAUCGACCUUUUUGCUGAGGGUCUGAGCGGCGGACGAAACGACUUGCAGAGGCCCUGGUACCGAGGAGACCAGGACGACCACGCAGCCAAAAUGGCCUUCAGGAGUGUGAAGGUGCUGACCUACAUGGAGCCUCGGAACCAAGAAUAUUUCAAGUUUGUUGAAGAUCUGAAAAGAGACGCCAAAGAAAGUUUCAACUUCACCAUCGAAGACUCUCUGUACAACCUGAUAGCGGCAGAUUUCUACGACGGCGUGAUGCUGUACGCUCAGGCUCUGAACGAGACUCUGAGCCAGCAGGCGUCGGGACCGGGACCCAUCCAGAGACCCAAAGGAGACCUGGUGACGCGCAGGAUGUGGAACAGGAGCUUCUCAGGCGUGUCGGGAGAGGUGAAGAUGGACGAGGUUGGAGACAGAGAGACGGACUUUGCCGUGUGGGACAUGACGGAUCCAGAGUCUGGAGAGUUUCAGGUCGUGUCUGUGUAUAAUGGCAGCAGCAAGUCUCUGGAGCUGAAGGAUAUCCAGUGGCCUGGAGGGAAGAUACCCGUAGACAUGCCAGAGUGCGGCUUCAGGAACGACCACCCGACCUGCCUCUCGCGUACAGUUACGAUGCAUCAGAUGGUUGCCAUAGUGAUCUGCUUCGUCUUUAUCAUCAUCGUCACCAUCACCGUCUUCAUCUACAGAGAGGUCACAGCGAGGCCCAGAGUCAGAGGGUGGAGAAUAAACAGGGUCGGGAUGAAGCUGCGUGUGUUUGUCUUCCAGGACCUGAUGGAGAGCGACGGCAUCACUCUGGACUGGAUGUUCAGAUACUCACUCAUCACCGAUAUCGUCAAGGGAAUGGCCUUCCUCCACAACAGCGUCAUCGUCUCCCAUGGCAACCUGAAGUCCUCCAACUGUGUGGUGGACAGUCGGUUUGUGCUGAAGAUCACAGACUACGGGCUGCAGAGUCUGCGGACCAGCAGCUGCCCCGAAAACACACACGCCUUCUACGCACGGAAGCUGUGGACUGCUCCUGAGCUGCUGAGGAAGGAGUGCCCGCCCUGCGGCACCCAGCGGGGCGACGUCUACAGCUUCGGCGUGAUCCUGCAGGAGGUCGCUCUGCUGAAGGGAGUUUUCUACCUCGACUCGCACUCCCUCUCUCCCAAAGAGAUCAUCCAGGCGGUGAUUCGGGGCGGCGUCCCUCCGCUCCGCCCCUCGCUCUGCUUCCACAGCCACAGCGAGGAGCUCGGGGUCCUCAUGCAGCGCUGCUGGAGCGAGGAGCCCACCGAGAGACCCGACUUUAACACCAUCAAGAUCCUCCUGAGGAAGCAGCACAGAGGUUACGGUUCCAACAUCCUGGACAACCUUCUGUCUCGCAUGGAGCAAUACGCCAACAACCUGGAGGAGCUGGUGGAGGAGCGAACUCAAGCUUAUCACGAGGAGAAACGCAAAGCCGAGGCUCUGCUCUACCAGAUACUACCACACUCGGUAGCCGACCAGCUGAAACGAGGCGAGACGGUUCAGGCCGAAGCUUUCGACUCGGUCACCAUCUAUUUCAGCGACAUCGUCGGCUUCACCGCUCUGUCUGCAGAGAGCACGCCGCUGCAGGUUGUGACCCUGCUAAAUGAUCUCUACACGUGUUUUGAUGCCAUCAUAGACAACUUUGAUGUUUACAAGGUGGAGACGAUUGGGGACGCCUACAUGGUGGUGUCGGGUCUGCCGGUCAGGAAUGGUAAGCGACACGGUCGGGAAGUCGCCCGGAUGUCUCUGGCUCUGCUGGACGCAGUCAAGAGCUUCAAAAUUCGACACCGACCCGAUCAGCAGCUGCGGCUUCGCAUCGGCAUCCACAGCGGCACUGUGUGUGCAGGUGUGGUCGGGUUAAAAAUGCCCAGGUACUGUUUGUUUGGAGACACGGUCAACACGGCGUCACGCAUGGAGUCGACAGGAGAGGCCCUGAAGAUUCACGUGUCGGAGGCGACUCGUCAGGUCCUGCAGGAGUUCGGCUCCUUCCAGCUUCAGCUCAGAGGGGAGAUCGAAGUGAAGGGCAAAGGUCGCAUGAGGACGUACUGGCUGCUGGGAGAAAAUGAGAAGAACUGAGAGUCAAACAGCUGCACGGUGAUUUCAGACUGGCUGAUCCAAGCUGGUUUCUCCAGGGAUAAACUGUAGAAAAGAGUAGACACAGACAAGACGAAUGUUUCAUUUGUAAGAUAAAACAUCAAAACUUGUGUAAAUACAUAAUAAAAUGGGUAUUGUUACUUUUG